UGCACAAAACACAAGCACCUCCACCCUCUUUCCUGCAUUGAGCCCUUCUUUUGAAGCCCCCAUCUCCAUCUUUCAACACAUCUUUUUCUGAGCUCUACCAAGGGAAAAGAUGGCAGUCCUGAAAUCUGCAGCAUCCCUGCUUUUAGUCCUUAAUUUCUGCAUGUACGGCGUAGUCUUAGGCAUAGGAGGGUGGGCUAUGAACAGAGCAAUUGACCAUGGUUUCAUCAUUGGGCCGGACUUCUACCUUCCAGCACAUUUCUCACCUAUAUACUUCCCUAUGGGAAACGCCGCCACUGGAUUCUUUGUGGUGUUUGCUUUGAUCGCUGGAGUAGUUGGUGCUGCUUCAGCCAUAGUUGGCCUCAACCAUGUUCGCUCGUGGCAUCUUGAUAGCAUGCCUGCUGCUGUUUCUGCUGCUACCAUUGCUUGGUCACUCACCCUGCUUGCCAUGGGCUUUGCUUGGAAAGAGAUCAGUCUCGGCUUCAGGAAUGUCAAACUGAGAACAAUGGAGGCAUUAUUAAUCAUCCUUUCGGCCACUCAACUGAUGUACAUAAUAUCCAUUCAUGGCAGCACAGCCAGGAGAAACCCUUGAAGCUUGAGUCAUGAUGUGGGUGUGGUUUGAUUCAAUUACCUUCCUCUUUUUUUUUCAUUUGUGUUCAUUUCAUUUCCAUUUACAGUUGUACAAACCCAGCAUGCGAUUGGUGAAUUAUGGAGUCAUUGGUGUAAUACGUUUGGAUUUGUAUUGAAGAAAUAAAAGUUAAUGUGAAAAGAAGACGAUUUUUCUGAGUGUCCUAAA